AUGGUGGAGCGAAACUGCACCAUGGUGACAGAGUUCAUUCUGCUGGGCUUAUCAGAGAUCCCUGAGCUGAGAAUCUUCCUCUUUCUGUUCUUCCUUCUCGUUUAUGGCAUCACCGUUAUAAGCAACUUGGGCAUGAUCGCUGUGAUUCGAAGCAGCUCUCAGCUUCACACCCCCAUGUACUUCUUCCUCAGCCACUUAUCCUUUGUAGAUUUCUGCUAUUCCACCAUCAUUGUACCGAAGAUGUUGGACAAUAUCAUAAGCGAAGAUAAAACUAUUUCUUUCUUAGGCUGUAUGGUCCAAUUCUAUUUCUUUUGUAUGUUCGCGGUCACUGAGGUUAUUCUUCUGGCUGUAAUGGCCUAUGACCGCUUCGUGGCCAUCUGUAACCCUUUACUGUAUAUGGUCGUCAUGCCCCAGAAGCUCUGUGUCCAACUAGUGUCUGGUUGCUACCUGUGUGGAACGGUAUGUUCUCUGAUCCAUUUGUGUUUAACUCUUGAGAUUUCAUCCUAUCAGUCCAAUGUGAUCAACCACUUCUUCUGUGACCUGCCACCUCUCUUAUCUCUUGCCUGCUCUGAUGUUUCUGUGAAUGAACUGCUACUCUACAUUUUGCCCACCUUCAAUGAGCUCAGCACCAUUGGGGUCAUUCUUGCUUCGUACCUGUUUAUUCUCAUUACCAUCCUGAGGAUGCGGUCUGCUGAGGGUAGACGCAAAGCCUUCUCCACAUGUGCCUCUCAUCUCACAGCCAUUGUUGUCUUUCAUGGAACAAUCCUGUUCAUUUACUGCCGGCCCAGCUCUGGUAACAGUACGGGAGACAUGGACAAAGUAGCCACGGUGUUCUACACUAUAGUGAUUCCCAUGCUGAACCCUCUGAUCUAUAGCUUGAGGAACAAGGACGUGAAAGAAGCUCUCAGGAAAAUGGUGAGAUUUAACUUAAUGACAAAGGCUUCAUUUUCCUAG